GUUAAUUGUAAAUAAUGGUAAAGAAGGAAGCUCUAAGCCUCAGUAGGUUUAUGCUUAGAACACAAGUAUUGAAAUUGUACCGAGAUAUUUUUAGAUUGAUAAAAAAUGUACCUGACAAGAGCUACCGGGAACAACUAAAAGAAUGGGCACGACAUGAUUUUAAAGCUAACAAACAUCAUACAGACGAGAUGGCUAUAAAGAUGUUGUUAACUAAAGGCAAGAUGACGUAUGACGAAGUUCACCAAGCUAUUGACAUGUCUAAAUGAUAUGAUAUCGAAUAGGAAUUUACAGAUUUCAAGCUAAGGAAGCAAAUCAAGAAUUUGCCACACCAGUUGAGUUUGUAAGAUGUGCAAGGACUGUAAAUGGAAUAUAUCUAUACGUAACUUUGGACUAGGACACGUUUUUUUAGCAAAAGAUUGUAAUUGUGUCAAAGAUUCUUUAUCUUGAAAAGGAUUGCGGUUUUGUAAAAGAUUUGUGAUAAAAAAAAAGGAUUGUUAUGUGAUACAUUGUUUAUUUUGUACAGAAAGAAGAGUUGGUGUAUAGGUAAACUAACUGUCGGUCUGAAGAAAAAAAUUGAUACACCUUUAUUCUUUCCAAAACAUGCGAGUGUUCAUUUUGCCAAUCACGAGUCAUCGUGCGCUGUGACAAAUAUCGUCAACAUAUCUUGUGACCGUCUUCACUGGCUCCAACGAAUAUGCUGAAAAAGCCAUUUUAUUUCAGUGCCUGUGCCUGCGUCUAUUCCUCUGAUUUUUCACUUUCUUUUGUCUGUAUUCGCGUUUUCUGGCUUGUGUUUUAUUUUGAGAAAUUUGAUUCUUAAAC